CUGUAACUUUAACUUUGUCGAGAUAGUCUGUCUAGAUCUGUCAAAAAUACCUAAAUUUUCACUUUCUUGGCUGGAACUAAACAAACUGCAGGUUGAUGCUAAUGUACUUGGUUUUCAACUUCAUUUGUAGUUUAAACAAAUGAAAGUAUGUGCUGUCGAUUGGAGACAUUGAAGCUUGCAGCAACUCCUACAGUACCCACAAUUUCUUCUGACAAAAACCAACCCUCCAACAUAGUCAUGAAUCACUUAACUGUGGAGACUGAAGAUACCUUUGCUAGCUUGCUUGAGCUUGCUGCUAACAAUGAUGUUGAGGGCUUUAAGCAAUCUAUUGAGCAUGACCUUUCUUGUGUCGAUGAAAUUGGACUAUGGUAUGGCCGAAAAAAGGGCUCUAAGCAGAUGGUUAAUGAACACAGGACCCCAUUGAUGGUUGCUGCUACAUAUGGUAGCAUCGAUGUUAUAAGGGUGAUUCUUUCUCUAUCCUACGUUGAUGUCAAUCGCUCUUGCGGUGUUGAUAAGAGCACUGCCCUUCACUGUGCUGCCUCGGGUGGGGCUCUGAAUGCUGUUGAUGUUGUGAAGCUGCUUUUAGCAGCUGGUGCUGAUUGUAAUUUGGCUGAUGCCAAUGGUCACCGUCCAGUCGAUGUUAUUGUUGUUCCACCAAAGCUCCAAGAUGUGAGAUUGGUUCUAAAAGAGCUCCUUGCUGCUGAUGGUUGUCAUGCUGAGCAAAAUCUUAGGGAUUCCAUAGCCACGGUGAAUUCAAAUUCUCCACCUCUUUCACCUUCCAUGGAAAAUGGAUCUCCACUGUCAGGUUCAGAUUCCCCAACGAAGGCUAAGCUAAAUGACGGACCUUUAGCAUUAGAGAAGAAAGAAUAUCCUGUUGAUCCAUCUCUCCCAGAUAUCAAGAACAGCAUCUAUUCUACUGAUGAAUUCCGAAUGUAUUCAUUCAAGGUAAGGCCUUGUUCCCGUGCCUAUUCCCAUGAUUGGACCGAGUGCCCGUUUGUUCACCCUGGUGAAAAUGCUCGAAGAAGGGAUCCUAGAAAGUUUCAUUAUAGCUGCGUUCCAUGUCCUGAUUUCCGAAAAGGGGCUUGUAGACGUGGAGACAUGUGUGAAUAUGCUCAUGGUGUUUUUGAGUGCUGGCUUCACCCUGCUCAAUAUAGAACCCGACUGUGCAAAGACGGUACAAAUUGUGCAAGGAGAGUUUGCUUUUUUGCUCACACCGUUGAGGAACUCCGCCCAUUAUAUGUAUCCACAGGUUCUGCUGUUCCCUCUCCUCGCUCUAGUACAUCAGGUGCUGCUGCCAUGGAUUUCGCUGCUGCUAUGAACCUCUUGUCAGGCUCACCUUCAGCUGCAUCCAUCAUGUCUCCUUCACCAUUCACUCCACCUAUGUCUCCUUCUGCCAAUGGCAUCUCACAUUCUUCCGUGGCUUGGCCUCAACCAAAUGUCCCGGCCUUGCAUCUCCCUGGAAGCAACCUGCAGUCCAGUCGCCUGAGAUCUUCCCUUAAUGCAAGAGACAUCCCAGCAGACUACAGUCUACUUCCAGAUUUUGAUGGGCAGCAACAACAGCUUUUGAGUGAGUUAUCCAGUCUCACUCAACCAUCCUUGAACAAUAACUCCAUGAAUCACUCUGGCCGAUUGAAAACUUUAACCCCUUCAAAUCUUGAUGAUCUAUUUUUGGCUGAGAGCUCAUCUCCUCGGUAUACUGGCUCAUCCCCUCGGUAUGCUGAUCAAGCAUUGGCUUCAGCAGUUUUCUCUCCAUCCCACAAAUCUGCAGUUCUCAAUCAGUUCCAGCAGCAGCAAAGCAUGUUAUCACCAAUCAACACAAAUUUUUCACCUAAGAAUGUUGACCACCCUCUGUUGCAGGCUUCUUUUGCAUCAGGCAGGAUGUCACCCCGAAAUGUGGAACCUAUCUCACCAAUCAGCCCUCGGGUUUCCAUGUUAGCUCAAAGAGAGAAGCAGCGACAGCAGUUGCGUAGCCUCAGCUCUAGGGAACUAGGCUCCAAUGCUGCUGCCAUUGUCGGCUCCCCAGUCAACACCUGGUCGAAAUGGGGCUCGUCAAAUGGGAAACCGGACUGGACCCUUAGUACAGAUGAGCUGGGCAAGCUGUGCAGAUCAAAUUCAUUUGAGUUUGGUAAUGGAGACGGGCCUGAUCUAUCAUGGGUUCAUUCACUUGUCAAGGAAUCUCCAACUGAGAUGAAAGAUGAGUUAAAAAUGCCUGUGUCCAGCAGUAUUGCAGCAAGUGCUUCGCGAAGCGAGAGUUCAAAUAUGAAGUCCCAAAUCGAAACCAUUGACCUUGACAAUAUGGUAGGGUCAUGGGUUGAGCCUUUGCAGAUUGAUCAGCUUGUGGCUCAACAAAACUAAAAUCAGUCUUAACGAGCCCCUCAGGCAGCAAAAGCUGUCAAGUUUUUGGUAAACAAUCUCAUGUUUUUUUGAUGAUUUUGUUGGUAGCGACUAUUGAUGGUAACAGUAACAAAAAGGAAGGGGGGAAAGGAGAAAGAAAGCUCUAAGAGGGAAAAUUCAUUUUCAUCAUUUUAUUAUUACAUCAGUAGUUAGAAAAGGAUGAGAUAACUCCUGGGUUACAAUGAAAAAAGAUUAUACCCCAGCUAGGUGUAUUUUUUAUCCCAAUAUUUUAAAAUUUUAGAAUUCUAUUAUUGUUAAUUAUUAUUUUUUCUUACCUUUUUUACGAUGAUAAUCAGCAUGUUAAUGUAACUAAGCUGUCAGGCUUAUUUUA